CACGCGUCACGCUUCCAAUCCGCCGACCUUCCGCUCCGACCGCAGCAGGUCCAGGAGCCGGAGGGGUGGUGCUGGGCGUCGUUCCGUGCCAGGAUUCCGCGGAAAAAGAAGAAAACUCCGGCCGCCGCGCCAUGUCAAUUCCAGCGCCUCUGGAGGAUGAGGACCUCCUCAGGGAGAUCCUCCUCCGGCUGCCUCCGCUGCCGUCAACCCUCUCCCGUGCCUCCCUCGUAUGCACGCGCUGGCGCCGCAUCCUCUCCGAUCCCCGCUUCCUACGCCGUUUCAGCAGACACCACCCGGAACCUCCUCUCUUAGGUUUCUUCAAAGGGUCUACCCCAUAUCCCUUCUUAAUUCCUGUCCUGGACCCGCCCGAUCGCAUCCCUGCCGAGCGCUUCUUUCUGCCUGAGAUCACGGGGGAUUGGGAGUUCCUUGGCUGCCGCCACGGCCUCGCCGUCAUGCUCAGCGAGUCUCUGUGUGAGGUCUUCGUGUGGGAUCCCCUCAACGGCCAGCAGCACCGCGUGCCUUUUCCACUGGAGCUCCGCGACGCCAAAAGGGAGAGUUUCUGUAGGUGCAGCGCCACGGUGAUGUGUGUUGAUGAUCAAGACGGGCAUGUGCAGGACGAUUGCUUCUUGAACCCGUCCUUCAAAUUGGUCUUGAUCUGCUCCCGUAGAGACCUGAAGACGUCAUUAGCUUGUGCCUACGAAUCAGUGUCGGGUGUAUGGGGGAAUAUUGUCUCAGCGUCGACUAGAAGGAUGGUUAUGAAGCUAAAGCCCAGCAUCCUUAUCAGGAGUGCAGUUUACUGGUUGCUGCAUGGAGGUCAAAUCCUUGCAUUCGAUAUUCAAAGGCAGACUCUUGCUGUCAUCGAGACGCCCGUAGAUGCCCAACGUUGGUCCUUUCAGCUCUUACGGACAGAUGAAGAUAGCGUUCUUGGCCUCGCCGCUAUGUCGAAACUGGGCAUUCAUAUAUGGGAGAGGAAACUCAACUCUGAUGGUGUUGCCGGAUGGGUGCUUCUGCAGAAAAUCAAUCAAUUGGAGGGGAUGUUGUCUAACGACUUCAUAAAUGGAGGGAUGGUGGGGUAUGACGAGGAGUUAAAUGUGGUGGUUUUGUCUACAUACGAGUAUUUAACCAAAAACUAUCACAAUUCGCGGAAACGUGACAGAAAACUACCACUUUACGAUUUUGUCCCGAAAACUACCACUUUUUUAUUAAUCCGUGGCAAAAAACUACCAAGUGUGAAAACUGCUCGCUUUGCCUGGGUUAAACCCGAAUCUGACUGCCCGACCCCACACAUAAGUGGGCUAAAAAUGCAAUCGGGUCCCUAGUUUUUCUUAAAAAAGCAAUCCAGUCCCUCACCAUGUCCGCCGGCACCGCCUCCUUCUCCUCCUCGUCGCCAGCCAGCCUCGGGUGCA